AUGGGCAAUACUAACGGUUAUUCAAGGCUUUUGCAGCUCUUCUCAUUGUGUUUAACCUUAUGUUCUUCACUAGUGUCUCCUCUAAUAAGGUUCCACACCCUCCAAAUGGUACUAUUCCUUCACCCGCCAUUGCACCUAAGAAGCAAGGCAAGAGCCCUAAAGACACCCUCGAGUUUGGUGUUUGUGGAAUCUGGCUCGGGUUGGUUAUUGGGGCUAAACCCGAGCAAGAUAUGUUGUUCCCUCAUAAAGGGUCUUGCAGAUCUUGAAGCUGCAUUGUGUUUAUGCAUUGCCAUUAAGGCCAAUGUACUUGGAGUUGUCAAGCUCAAUGUGUCCAUUGCUUUAAGUUUGCUAGUUAACUCCUGUGGGAAGAGGGUUCCAUAUCACUAA